UCAUCCCUAAUCUUUUCUUUUCACACAUGGCAGCCAUAAUUAGCCUGAAUUCUGCCGACAUAUAAAGUAUUACAUCUCCUAUAGGAAUAAGGAUUCCAAUACCCAAACCCUAUAUAGUUCCAUCACUCAUUCUAUGUAAAAAUACAGAUUAAAAGGAAGAAGAACUUUCUUGUAUCUAUACGUAUUCAAUCGAUCUGUUUCUAUCAACAUGCCUCUCCUUUUGUCCCUUUCAUUAGAUCCAGUGGGUAGAAGAUUUUAUUUUGGUUCACCCCUAAAUAUAUCAAGAACCAAUAUGCAUGAUUCGUGUAACGCUAAACCCUUGUUCCUAGUCUCAAUUCUCUUACAACGAAAGAACAAAGUGACAUGGAAAGACUCUAGAUCAGGAGAGUUGUUGCUAGAAAAUGAACACCCAUCUUGCCCGGACUCACACAGGUCAUGCCUAGUUCCUCCUCAACUUGUUUCCUUACCUGAUUCUUGCACUAGUUAUAUGUGCGGCAUUGUCUCCGAUAUGCUUAAUCUUGAUGAUGUUUCUUUAUGCCAUGAUGUUGCCUCAAACAUUGGUUCUUUUGUUAGUGAUUUUGCUAAGGAACGAGCUGGUCGUCAAGGGUUUUGCGUGUCGGCUCAUGUAGUGAUUGUCGAGGAUUAUGUUGAGGAAGUGAUCUUGGAUGGGAUAAACGUGCCAAUAUUUGAUUUUGAUGAAGAAGAUCAUGCGGUUGUGUCAAGAGGUGCAUCAAUAUCAACGUUGAACAAGUUGAAGAAAGAGAGGUUUUACAUGAAGGAGAUCACGCAGGACGAUGGUGAUGAAUCUUGUUGUGAUUCUUGUGUGGUUUGCUUGGAAAGAUUUUCUGCUACGGUUGGACUUACAAGGUUACCUUGCAAACACAUAUUUCAUGAACAAUGCAUCUUCGACUGGUUGAAGAAGUCCCCAUCAUGCCCACUUUGUCGAUACGAGGUAGAAUAG